UCGGAUCUUGCAGCGUGGGGAUGAGUUUGAGCGCAAAGUAGCAGAGCAGCAUGUAAGGCGCGGGCUGCCUGACUCUGCAGUGCGCUGGCUGCGCCGUCAGCGGGUGCCCCUGUUCGUGUUUGGGCCGGCGGGGAGGCAGCGGGAGGUGGACUUGCUAGCAGCGCAAGUGCCCGGCAUGUUGGCAAGUGUGGUCCCAGAGACAGAGCGUCCUGCGGUCAUGCCGCGUUGCGGGGAGAGUGAUCCAGCAGACAGUGCAUUGCUGCCCACGCAAGUGCGGGAGCCACCAGGCAAGAGGGGGGCUGCGACGCGAUUCAAGCGGCAAGCGGCGCGGUCUGAGUUUGUGUCCGCAACCGACUUGGGCGGGGUGCUGCUGUCGCAGCAGGAGCUAGUGGCUGUGCUGCACAAACGCCCUGAGUGGGAGGAGCAUCGGCACCAGGGCGUGGCAGGCGCGAGGCCCGGGAAGUUGUUCACUCCCAAGCAGCAGCAGGCGGCCCAACAAUACUUGGAACUCACGCCCAAAGGCAGCCGCAACGCGCAGAGCUUGCGGGACCAUCUCUUGUCCAAGGGUUUGAAGUCUGCGGACUUGCCCACGCUGGAGCAGUUCAGCGUGACCGUGGCGCCAACUGUGGCAGCGUUGUCCGAUUGGCCUCGAAGCGGUGAAACUGUUGACGCGCUUUACUUGCUUGAGGGCUUUGUGCACGUGUCAGAGCAGCGUGUCUUUGUCGCCUACACAUGUCGUGGCAUGUUGGCCACGCUGCGUCGCUAUGUGGGCGAUGUUGUGCACUUGGCAGUGGACGCCAAGAUGAAAGUGCUGACUGGCGGCAUGGGUGUUGCCACGCUGAGUCUCCUGGUCAAAGAUGGCUUGCGAAACACGAACUUGUGCCAUCAG